CAGCCGUAGCCGAUGCCCGACAGCAUGUCCGUUGCACGCCGCUUCAGAAUGGAAGGCUUCACGCUGACGCGGAACGAAGGAGUUUGACUCAUGAAAUGUGCUCAAUUCAUGCUGAUCGUAACAAGGUGCUACCUUUCAUCGGCUCUCUCUCGAUCGAAGUUGGCCGCACCCAAACUCACCAUGCGGCGAGACCGGCCUCUUGCGCUGAGUGGAGCAGCGGCCUGCGUUUUGCUCGAGAUGCUUUGCUCGGUGGCUGCCACAGGAGACGGCAGUGUAGGCAGCCUGAGCGCCGCCCUCGUGGGACCGGACACGGCCGUGUUGUCCUGGAUUCAGCCGGCUAGUGGAGCCGACGGAUACGAGCUGCGCGUGAUGCGUGGCUCUGCGCUUGUCUUCGCCCAGCAGUUCACGCUUGAUUCGGUCACAAAGGCCGAAACCGUGCUGUACUAUAGACUUACUGGGCUUCGGCCAGCCACCACGUACAACGUGUCAGUGACUGCCAUACUGGCAGGCCAGCAGGGUCCAGCCACCAGCGUUGUGUUCACCACAGCUCCCUUGGUGAGUCCCACGACUCCCGCAACCGCAAGUACUCCUCGAACCGUUCUUAAUGGUCCCACAAGCAUCCAGGCCAUUCCGUUAUCGAGCACGUCGGUGCUGCUGUCGUGGGGGCCGCUGGCACCGUACGUAGUUGGAGGCCAGUACCGUGUACGUGUGCGGGAUAACGGGAACUCACAACGCUUUCUGAAUGUUGGCUACGUCCUCUCGGCCAUCAUUCAAGAUCUAGACCCGACGGAGAAUUACACGCUCUCGGUUCAGUGGUGCCCUUCGAAGAACGUUUGCAGUGACUUUGUGUCCACUACGAGGAUUGCAAGCGCACCAAAGAUCCCUGUGCCAUCUAACCUCACUGUGGUAGCUGUCGGGCCGUCGUCCAUUAACAUCACCUGGCAGCUUCCGUCGAAUAGCACGAACGUCACGGGAUACCAGGUGUCCUGGUGUCUCAGCGACUUGUGCAUCGGCAAGCUGAACGACCUCACGACCAAGACUUUUUAUUCGGUUCAGCGUCUACAAGACUUUAAGAAUUACACUGUGUUCGUGUGUGCCUACGUGGAUCAAGGUUUGACCCCGUUCGUUGGUCAAUGCAUCAACGUCAGUACCAAGACGCAGCCGGGAGCCCCCGCCGGCGGUGUGGCGAUACCACUGAGCCAGUCAUCGAUCCUUGUCACUUGGGUGGCCAAACCAGGAUGCCCUUCCAUAUCGGCAUACAAUUUGAGGGUCGCUAGCCCAACGCCCACCGUAAAUUGGGCUUCCACAGAACUGACUCAGUAUACCUUCGCGAACCUGAUGACGAAGACGAAGUACACUUUCCAACUUCGGUGGUGUCCUCUGCCUGGGACGUGCAGUGAAGCCGUAAACAUAACUGGAAGUACCGUAUGAAGAUCCGAGGGCAAGAACUCAGUUGCAUAAGAAUGUGGCCUUAGCGUUCAUGAAAUGACAAUGGUGCUUCAGAAACUAUGCAUAGUGGACAAUGCAUCAUGACUGUACGUGAAAGGUGACCUAUCGUACACGCGUGAAUGUUGCACUGAACCAUCUUUGCGCUCACCCCUUUGCACUGCAAGGGGGAUACAACGCGCUCAGGUAAUAUUUCGUUGGUCAAAUUGCCUAUAAACUUUUACACAUUGUAAUAGACGCACUAGAAUGUCAACUCAGUACAUGCAUGCCCGCCUAGUCAAAUGUGUCGACAUAGUUACAUUUCGAAGAAAAAGAUAUAGAAAGUAUGCUAUCGAAACGUAACAAGGCGCGAACUGAUAUUUGACAGCAAGAGAGAACACUUCUUUAAAGUGCACUUUGAUAUUUCAGAUUGAAUGCGACAGCAUUCAAAAGGCUUACAUAGUUUGGCAGUGUAUAUUUGAAAAAAAAAACACGAUUAAACAAAAUGGGUUCGCGUUUUGUGAACCUGGUCUCUCCGAAACUCCACACCCACCCAUUUACAAACAUGUUUUAUAAACUAGCUCGACUUUUUUUGUAAAUCUAAAGAAGUCUUCUAAAUGCUAUGCCUAUAUUACGUUUACCUGACGAGCUGGAUUGCGUACGUGACCAACUAACCACCUUUCAAUUAAAAAAACUGCCACUUUUUUUUUGAAGGCGAAGCAUUGAUUUUGCCAGUAAUGUACAAACGAUUCUACAAAAUGAUGUUAUAAUGUCUCAUUGGCUGUUUGUAUUGUGUUAUACAACCACUUAGUAAAUAAGUUAACGACA